GGCCGCCAUCGUGUUUGUUUAUAAACAUAUCUUGCCGCAUGAAAAGUUCCAAAAGUUCAGUCUCUGUCCGGUUUAGCUUAUCUAAGUUCAAUUAAAUCGAAAAUUCCUCCAGCUCUUGGCAAUAAAAUUCCACUGCCUUUAAAUUAAUUGCUGGUAAGCUUCUCUGGAUUGAAAUUUACUCAGAAGAUGAUGACAGAAGAGGAAGUUAUUAAGCGUCGGCUGUUAAUUGACGGUGAUGGAACUGGAGAUGACCGACGAAUAAAUCUUAUGCUGCGUUCGUUCAUCAAGUACUGCAACAAUCCCGCAAGUCCCGAGGAAGACAACUCGGCAAUGAAUAGAAUGCUCCUUCAGUUGAGCCAGAGUGAGUUGGCUUCGGAAAAGUUUCUCCUCGGCUCGCACACGAGCAACGCCGAACUCAAGAGUUACGAAGAGCUGAAGGAAUCGAUUAAAAAUAGACUAGAGACUGCCAAGACGGAGAUUGAGGAAGCCAAAGAGUCCUUCAAAGCUGCCAAAGAAGUGCGCAAAAACAGGGUCCAGUACAAUGUACUCGCCAAAGUCAUCAAAGAGCAGCCGGACAGAAAGGGAACCCUCAAGAAAUUGGAGGAAAGUAAAGCAGAACUUGCUGAGUUGGAAAGCAAGCGAAAACAGAUUGACGACAAAUUGGAGAUGAGAAGGAAACGUUUGCACCUGCUCAACGUUGCCAUCCACGACUUUAUCGAGGAUGCCAACGAAAUCAAACUGCAAUUGGAUUCGGGCGAGGCGUCGUCUUCUGCAGAUAAUGCAGCUGACAGCAUUGACCUGCUGAUUGAGCCCUUUGACCUGGAGGACGUUGAGGACCAGGCGAUGAGCAUCGAUCCGUGAGUGAGAAAUUCAGUGAUGUGCUCGAAGGACAGUUCCGCAUUCCGCAACAUUUAAAUUUGAGCCACGUGUCACAUUCUAAAUGAAUAGUGAAUAAAUAACAUUCUAAGGCACUAAAAUUUAUAAUUAAUUUUUAAUGAAACUGAUUUACACUUAAUUAAAUAGAAGACAAAUAAGUACAGCGGACAUUGUCACUAGUUCCAUAGUUGCAGCGCCAUUAGUAGCUACUUCAUAAUUUCCAAUUUUUGAUGCGAAACCAACGACGUGGGCUACAUAAUUUUGCUCGUGUACCGAUUGAAAUAGAUGAGACCAGGGGCCUAUCAAAAAUUAAUAUUAUUUUGAUUUAAAAUUAGGAAAAUAUCUUGCCUAUGGCGUAGGCCGUCACUUCUCCACCUCCAUGAACACCUUCGUCAGUGGAAAUGGCAGAAUGUUGUUUAUAUUCAAAACUUUCCACAUCUUCUGUUGAAGGAUCCGGUCUUGUUACAUGAGUAGCAUUAAACGGGUAAAACUUUAUUUCCGUUCCAGUUGCGUACGACAAAGUUGUGUAAUUUAAAGCGUCUGAUUUAGAUUUAUAAGCAAUUCCUGCCAAAAUAUAACCUU